GCAAGCAAAUCGGUAGAGAAACAGAGGAAGAAGGAGGUUGCCGAUAGCAGAGCACAGAGAUGGCGAAACGAGCGACGUCAUUGACCAUCGCCGGGCUCGUCUUGGUAGCCGCCAGCUUCUUCUCUGUCUUGGCCGCAGCCACCACUCACGUCGUCGGCGACAGCACCGGGUGGAGGAUACCUCCGGGCGCCAACGACAGUUUCUACUCCGCUUGGGCUUCCGCGCGGACCUUCGCCGUCAGCGACACCUUGGUGUUCAAUUUUAUGAACGCGCAGCACGACGUGGUGGAAGUGCCGAUCGCAAGCUUCAACUCCUGCUCCGCGGCAAACCAGAUCGGGUCGACCUACACGACCAGCCCCGCCAGCUUGUCCGUCACCACAGCCGGCGUGCACUACUACAUCUGCGGGUUCCCCGGGCACUGCCAGGCUGGCCAAAGGCUGGCUGUCACCGUCACCUCCUCCUCUGCCUCCACUCCCGCCGCCGCGCCGGCGCCUCCUACUGCUCCGGCAACGGGCGGCGGCAGCAGUACGGUGCCGUCGGCGCCCGGCCCUAAUAGCCAGGUGCCCGGCUCGGCCGCCGGUUGGGCUCCAUCCUUGGCAUUCCUCGCUCUGUCGUCCCUGCUCGCCUCUCAGUUCCUGUUCUAAUUAAAUAUCUACGACGAGUACAAAUAGGUCGAUUUGUGAUAGUGUUACUGGAGAUGAUUCAUUGAUGCUUGGUGCACGGCAAUAAUAAUAAUAAAUUGGAUUGGAUUGGAUUGGAUGGAUUCAA